GAUAUACAGAACGAGACGCAUAAUUAGAUUACAACAUAUACAACUGUUUACAAUGUUUCACAUUUUGAUUGUAGCGGUUUUUGUUAAUUUGUCAUUUGCUAACUUUAUCGAAUACGACGUUAACAAAGAUAACGUACUAAUUGAACCGUACGUUUUUGAAGAUUUAAUUAAUAGUACAAUUGAAGGUGUAAGGCCAGACAUUCCUGAACCAUUAGAAAUUGAGACCUUGGAUCUUACUUUUGUGGAUGAAGAAGGCGCCAUUUUAAACGGCAAUGCCACCCUCUCCAACUUAAACAUGCACGGACUUCAGGGCUUCCAAAUCCCGUCCCUAAGUUUCGAGAUUAUCGGAAUGAUGUUAAACCUUACCUUAGUCUUUCCAGAAAUCGAUUUGUUUACAGACUAUAGGGCAGAUCUGCUCGUAGCUGGUUCCCCUCUCCUCAUCUUCGGAACUGGAAACUCAUCGGUGAAUUUCGGGGACGUAGUGAUUGACGUGAGCGCGCAAGUUAAUCUGACUGGCGGAAUAUCGGUGGAAAAUCUGAAUAUGCAGAUUUACGUAGGUAAUGGCACGUUUGAGCUUCAUGGUUUGUAUGACAACGAAGAUUUCAGUGAGCUCAUUGAAACAGUUUUGAAUGAAAUGGUAGUCGACUUGAUAGACUCAAACCAAGAGUUAAUUUCACAAGUUUUGAGUCCUACGGUGGAGUCGCUCAUCAAUGAGAUUCUAAAGAAUGCGUUUCAGACAACCACUACGUCGACUACUACCGUCACGGUUCCGUUGUAGCUGUAAAAAAUUUAAAUUUGAUUAAAAAAUAUUGUAAAAUUUUUAAU